UCUUCUCCCGCUUUCUGUUUUAGCCAUGGCGGAUGUUGCAAUUGAAUACUGUUGCUUUGUUAAGAAACUUCUUGAAAGUCUGCCUGAUGACGAACUGCGGAACUGAACGAGGCUGAAACCUUUAUGGUGCAGAAUACGCUUUUCUGAUUGGUGGAGGGUCGGUGGUGACGUCAAUCCCAAUGACGAAUUUCUUGCCUGUGAGCAAAAAAACAGCUGUUUGGCAUCCAAAUGUUUCUGUCCUGAUUUGUUUGGCCAUGUUUUCUCCAAGCUUAAUGAUUGAAAUGUUUUAGUUCAGGACAAAAUCUGAUUAAUAUUUAUGGAAAUAUUUUAGAUGUGGACAGUAGGACCUACGUUAUCUCUUGGAAAUUAGAGUGACGUAAUAACUUCAUUAUGGAGAAAUCUAAUAUGGUUUGGGAGUUGUAAGGCAUCAGAGCACUACCUGUCACUCCAUACGCAUGCUCUAUGCAAACAGUUUUUUUUUUUGUUUGUUUUUUUUAUGGUUUUAUGGCCUAAAAUGUAUUGUUAUUGAUUCUUAUUCAGCUUUGGAUAAAUCAACGCGUGGCUAUGAGGAAACAGGGCGUUUAUGCUUGGGAAAGUUAUUCGUGUUUAUGAUGGAGGAGGGAUAUAGGAGUGUUGUAAUGGCCAAACGUUUAGCACCAUUCCGAUAAGUGUGCUUGCAAGUAAGUCAAGUGGGAGAAAGGUGAGAAAAGUUUAGUGAGAGAGUCAAAAAUUAACAUACUGACACACGUGACCUCUUUAGAAAUCAGUUUAAUUUAACCACUAAACGCACAAAAUUGGUUUCAACUGAAAACGGUUAGCGCGACAGAUUACCAAUUUAAUAUCGCAUGGUUCCGUGGGUAAAAACUUGUUUUACCAGAACGUGAAAUUUGAGAAUUCCAAAAAAAAAUAUUGUUGUGAGAACCGAAGUGAAGUGUUACAUCAGGCGCCAAGACCAUGUGCCAAACCAUUUCAUUUCAGGCGUUAGUUGGGAAUGUGUACUCUUGGUGAACUUUGUGCCUUAAAUCAUUCAGAAGGUCUAACGAGUGCAGUGACUGGGUUGAAUUUGCACAGUGAUACUGAUAGUCCAUGCACCAGUAUACAAAAAAUUCAAUCCAUCCAGUUUUAAGUAUUACACUGAAGUCUAAGGGUGAAAUCUAUUUCGAUGAGGAAUACGCGCUAAAAUCAAGAUCGAAUCCUGUUCUUUAUGUGUGUCCUGUAUAUUCACGACUUAUGACAGAAACAGGUGAUUGAUAGUGUUAAUCGUGGCCUGUUAGCACGUCUGUGCAAGUCUCAACGUCUUACAAAAUCAGGUCAUCUCUAACCAUAGGUUCUAUACAAUAUUGGUCCAAAAGUUAACUUAAACCACUUUAACAUAGGCUAUCAAUUGUCCUGUAGAUUUGCUCUGCCCAAUUGAUUAUUUAAAAAAUAUAUAUUUAAAGGUAUGUGUUCAUGUUGUCUGUAUUAACACAUUUCAUUAAGGUUGUAUAUUUUUUCGUUUGUUUGUUUAAUGUGGCACUGCGUGACGGAAAAUACCUAAACUUGUGACGUGAGAAUUCUGCACGUGGCCAGAAGAGAACGGGGUUAACAACAGGGUGUCUGGUGUAGGUAGGUGGAGGGAAAUACUAGAGGUGUAAUGGCCAAACGUUUAGCACUAUUCCGUUAAUUGUGUAUGAAUUGACUCGUUUAAUGGGAAGGAAUUGGUGAGAAAAGUCGACAGUUUUCAUGUAGACACACCCGAAUCAGUUGGAUAACCCCAAAACAAGUGGUUUUAAAAUACAAUUUACAUAUAGUAUCUCUCUGAAUAAAUAUUUGAAUCUGGUGUAUUUGUAACAAAUUUGCACAUAGAUUCAGCCAAAUCUCUUAUGUCUGACUACAUUUAAACCUUUAAAACUGCACAAUGGUUACGACAAAUAAUUUAUUUCCAUUGUGGUUCAAAUCUGGUGGUCUGAAAAAAAAUCUUUACAAUUUUGACUUUUUUUUUCACAGAAAUGAAUUAGUUGACUGAAGUCCUAAUAGUCGUGUGGUAAGAACGUGAUUCCUUGGUUCCUACUUUAGGUUAUUUGGGUGCAUACUCUGCAGACCGGUAACGUUGUAUUGUAUGGCCACAGUGUUAUUGUCUGGUCUUGUGUAACUGACUGAGAUUGUGCUCAAUGCUCAGUCCUGCGGUUGCGGUGGAUAAUCCAGUACAAAAUGCUGAGGAUAAAAAGCUCUCCUCCCGAGUUCUUUUUUCCAAUGAGUGAUCCUGAAAAGCCAGGAAACGUUUGGAUUAGUGUUCCCUGCAAAUAUUAAUCCGAUCCCUAUUUUACGUUGUAAAAUUGCCUAUUGUCUACAAGUUACAUUUUUCCUUAAUUCGUUAACUUAACAAUUAUAAAUGCGAGAAUUAAUGCGAAUUAAAACAAACACAAAUCCUGCUAAAUCGGACUUGGCUCUUCAGACUAUAACAGUAUACAAUCGUUAUUUACUUUUCUUUUAAUUUUACUAUAAACAUUAUUGUAGUUAAUUGCUGUAAAUCUUACUCUAUGAAUAUUAAUGAAGUGGGUGUGUUUUUAUCGGGCUUCUAUUGGUUGAGGACGCUCAUGGGAGGGGAUUGUGUGUAGCUUCAGAGUAUAACAUAAGCCUAAAUUUAAAACAGUUACCAAUGUAUUAUGUUGAAGUAAAGUUAGCGGCUUGUGUGCCUUCAAAUAUGAGGACGAUGUCGAGUGAAAUACCGGACCAGAAAGAUUUAAUGAAACGGGUUCCCAAACCUUUAAUGGAGAAGCGGAGGAGAGACCGAAUUAAUCACAGUUUGGAAACCUUGAGGCUUCUGUUAGUGGAGAACACACGUAAUGAAAAACUAAAGAAUCCCAAAGUGGAAAAAGCUGAGAUCUUGGAGAGCGUUGUAAAUUUCCUGAAGGCCGAGCAGCGAUCCAGACCUUCGUCAAAUUCCAUUAAAAAUGGAAAAAGAAAAUAUGAGGAAGAAGCUGAGCUGGGAUCUCCUAGUAAACUUCAGCUCAACUAUCGAGAUGGUAUGAGAACAUGUCUGCUCAGGGUCAGCAAUUUUAUUGCCAGCAAGAGUCAAGAGUUAGACGGGAAGAUGCAGGUGAACAUGCAACAGGAACUUAAAGAGCAUUCCAUUCAAGGUCAUCUAGCACCUGCUUUGCACCUCAGACAUGAUGGUGGGUCUAUACCAGGGCAGCAGGUACUUACUUAUGUGGAGUCGACCAGCUCCUGCUCGGCACUGCAUCAGUCCAUCAUUUCCCAAAGAACUGCCAUACACGAACCUACAAAGAAGAUAGCUUGCAGCUCUAAGCAACCUUUGAUAUCAAGUGAUUCUGUGUGGAGGCCUUGGCCACAGUAGACACAUCAUUAUCAGAUAUCAUCCAAAAAUUGAUCAGAAUCUUUGACUGAAUUUAUCAACAGCUCACAUUGUUUAUGUGUCAGUUGUCCUUGAGUCAAUUACGUGCAAAAGACUGAAGUAAUGAAUGUGUAAAUGUGCAGCAUAUGUAAAUAUGUGGAUUUUGUACAAUACUGAAAUCUUUAUUUUGAUAUGGACAAUAAACUGUGUCACAGAUA